GCCCAAGCCGCCGGGCGACGAGUGGAGCCGCAAGGGCAGCUUCAUCAGCAAGCCGGCGCAGGGCUGGCUGCACCCCGACGAGCGCGUCCUGGGGCCCGGCGUCUCCUACAUCGUGCGGUACAUGGGCUGCAUCGAGGUGCUGCGCUCCAUGCGCUCCCUGGACUUCAGCACCCGCACGCAGGUCACCAGGGAGGCCAUCAACAGGCUCUACGAGGCGGUGCCGGGCGUCAAGGGCGCCUGGAAGAAGAAGGCCCCCAACAAGGCGCUCGUCUCCAUCCUGGGCAAGAGCAACCUGCGCUUCGCCGGCAUGAGCAUCGCCGUCAACAUCUCCGUGGGCGGCCUGCACCUCACGGUGCCCACCACGCGGCAGGUCAUCGCCAACCACCACAUGCAGUCCAUCUCCUUCGCCUCCGGCGGGGACACGGACACCACCGACUACGUGGCCUACGUGGCCAAGGACCCCAUCAACCAGCGAGCCUGCCACAUCCUGGAGUGCUGCGAGGGGCUGGCGCAGAGCGUCAUCAGCACCGUGGGCCAGGCGUUCGAGCUGCGCUUCAAGCAGUACCUGCACAGCCCGCCCCGCGCCACCGUGCCCCCGGACAGGGCACUGGGUGCGGAGGAGUCGGCCUGGGGGGACGAGGAGGACGGUGCUGAGCACGACUACUACAACAGCAUCCCGGGCAAGGAGCCGCCGCCGGGGGGGCUCGUCGACUCCCGCCUGCGCCCCGCGCCCGGCCGCACGUCCCUCGGUGCCCAGGGCGGCUUUUCCCCCCGGCGGGACCCGGGAGCAGCCUGGGAGCUGGAGGCCGCGCGUGCCGGGGACGGCUACGUGCAGGCGGACGGGCAGGCGCCAGCGCCGCGCGACUACGAGGAGCACAUGUACGUGAACACGCAGAGCCUGGAGGGCCGCRCGGGCCCCGCCAGCCCCAAGAAGGACCUCUUCGACAUGCGGCCCUUCGAGGACGCGCUCAAGCUCCACGAGUGCCUGGCGGGCGCCGGCCCCCCCUUGGAGGACCGGUGGCCGAGCCCCCCCAGCCGCAAGGCCCCCGUGGCGCCCACGGAGGAGCAGCUGCGGCGGGAGCCCUGGUACCACGGCAAGAUGAGCCGGCGCGACGCCGAGAAGCUGCUGCGGGUGGACGGCGACUUCCUGGUGCGGGACAGCAUCACUAACCCGGGCCAGUACGUGCUGACCGGGAUGCAGGGCGGGCAGCCCCGGCACCUGCUGCUGGUGGAUCCCGAGGGAGUGGUGCGGACCAAGGACGUGCUGUUCGAGAGCAUCAGCCACCUCAUCGGCCACCACCGGCAGCAGCAGCAGCCCAUCGUGGCGGCCGAGAGCGAGCUGCACCUGCGCCAGGUGGUCCGCAGGAGGCCGUGACGCCGCCGCCGCGUCCCGCGCCGCGC